AUGAGGGUUUAUGAACCCAGUUUAAACUGUGAAUUUUAUCGUGACAGGGUCCGAUCGGCCUUAGAACUCCGCGCCAGCCUCUCCGUGGGUCCUCCUCGUUCCAAACUUCUUCCAACUUCUCAUCAAUUCGGCACUCGACUCCUCAACUAUUCCGACUAUCGACUAUCCUCGUGCUAUUCCGAUUAUCCAUCCCCGCCGUUAUCGAUCGACUCUAGACUAUCUCCGCGGCGAGUUAGCGGAUACCUUCAACUUCCUGUAGUGCUUCGAUGUUUUAGCCUAAUCGAUCCUGGCUUCGCCUCGAUUGUCUUUUGUAUUCACGACCUCGUCGUUUUGAAUAAAGGAUGCAAAACGCCCUGGACCGUUCGAAAAAGGAAGGCUGCCAUUUUGAAUAUGUUUAAUCCAUUGAUAUCGUGGCAUAGCAUCGGCUCCGAAACCUCGACCGACUUAACAUCUUGAUCGAUUUUGUGAAUUCACAUGCUCUGUCUUCCUUGUUGUCCGUCCGCCAGAGUUAAGUCAACGAUCCAGCUAAUGAAAUGAUAGAGCUUCUUCAAUCAUUUUGCAAUAUAAUAGCCUGAUUGAUUAAGAGAAGGUGAAAGUAGACACUAAAAAAUAAAAUAAAAAAACUUAAAAUUUUAAAAUAUGUGUAUAUAUUCAAGAGAUGAGAGCUGUUCCCCUCCCCCAACUUAUGAGGUUGUCCUCAACCUUCAAGAUAAUGGAUUUGAAGUGAGUAUAAGAGUAAAUGAUUGAACAAUAGUAAGUGAUUGAAUA